AUGGCUAGUACGUUGCAGGAAACACCUACACUUGAAGAUUCUUAUUCAGAAAAUGUUGAUGUGAAGCUAUCCUUUCUACCUGAAAGACUGAGAAAGAAACUGCUUCCUUUUCAGGAGAAAGGCAUCAUAUUUGCACUUCAGAGAAAUGGCAGAUGCAUGAUUGCUGAUGAGAUGGGGCUAGGUAAAACAAUUCAAGCAAUUGCCGUUUCCUAUUACUAUAAAAAUGAAUGGCCUCUCUUAAUUGUAGUGCCUUCAUCUCUGAGAUACCCUUGGGUUGAUGAGAUGGAGAAGUGGAUUCCAGAACUCUCUCCAGAUGAUAUUAGCAUCAUUCAGAACAAAACUGAUACUGGGAGAAUAUCAACCAGCAAAGUAACGAUUCUGGGGUAUGGCCUGUUAACUUCUGAUGCACAGACUUUAAUAGACACUUUGUACAGGCAGAACUUUAAGGUAGUUGUGAUUGAUGAAUCGCACUAUAUGAAAUCCAGAAAUGCCACCCGCAGCAAGAUUUUGUUGCCAGUUGUGCAGAAAGCUCGUAGAGCUAUUCUUCUUACUGGAACUCCUGCUCUAGGAAGACCUGAAGAGCUCUUCAUGCAGAUUGAGGCACUGUUUCCAAGAAGGUUUGGAACUUGGAGUGAAUAUGCCAAAAAAUACUGCAAUGCUCGUGUCAGGUUUUUUGGUAAAAGAACUCAAUGGGACUGUAGGGGAGCUUCAAAUUUAGAAGAACUACAUCAACUUUUAAGUGAAAUAAUGAUCAGAAGACUGAAGAAUGAUGUUUUAACUCAGUUGCCUCCCAAAGUUAGGCAACGUAUUCCAUUUGAUCUCCCAGAAGCUGCAGCUAAGACUUUAAAUACCACUUUUGCCGAGUGGGAGAAAUUAAUGAGAAAUCUGAAUUCAGAUGCUAAUGAAAACCACUUCUCUCAAGUCAUGAAUCUGAUCACACGCAUGUAUAAGGAAACAGCCAUUGCCAAGGCAGGAGCAGUAAAGGACUAUAUCAAAAUGAUGCUGGCAAAUGACAAACUGAAGUUUCUAGUUUUUGCUCACCACUUAAGCAUGCUUCAAGCCUGUACAGAGGCAGUAAUAGAAACUAAGGUCCGCUACAUACGAAUAGAUGGAAGCGUUCCUUCCGCAGAAAGAAUACAUCUUGUCAACCAGUUUCAGAAGGAUCCUGAUACCCGGGUUGCUAUUUUGAGUAUUCAGGCAGCUGGUCAGGGUUUAACUUUCACUGCUGCUACGCACGUUGUGUUUGCUGAAUUAUACUGGGAUCCUGGCCAUAUUAAGCAAGCAGAAGACAGAGCACACCGCAUUGGGCAGUGCAGUUCUGUGAAUAUUCAUUUCCUUAUUGCAAAAGGAACAAUGGAUACCCUUAUGUGGGCAAUGCUAAAUCGCAAGGCCAAAGUUACAGGCAGCACCUUGAAUGGCAAGAAAGAGAAAAUGCAGGCUGAAGAAGGUGAUAAGGAGAAAUGGGACUUCUUGAGUUCUGCUGAGACCUGGACCCCAAAUGAAAGCCUAGAAGAUCCUAAAAAUGAACUUUUAUUUACACAUUUUGAAAAGGAAAGACAGCAUGACAUACGUUCGUUCUUUUCCCCAAAAUCCUCCGCUGAGAAGAAACGCAAAACGCUUUCUGGUAAUGAAUCUUUACAUAGUGAUUCGAAAUCUGCUGAGGUCACAAAAGAAGAGGACGCAGAGAAGAGCAGUGAAAACCUGAAUUCCACAAGAAUGAGUGAUACGGAUGCAACUUGUCAUGAAAGUACCUGUGAACCUGAAGCUAAAAGAGCAAGAAGCUUAGGUGGAUCUACUCCCAUCGGUUCCAGUAAGAAAAAGAAGUCGUCUUUGACUGGAAAAGAGCCCUCUUUGUUCUCAGAAAAAAACAACAAAGUCCUUCCUUGUGGUUUAAAUACCUCAAGUCAAAGUUCAGCUUUAAAAGAAGUCUGGCACUGUAGUGUUUGCACUUACAGUAAUAACGAAUUGCUGCCUUACUGUGAGAUGUGCAGUAGCCCUCAAAGCAGUAACGUUGAGAGAAAUUCUCAGACUGGGGAAGAUGUGUCAAAGGACUCCAGAAGAAAUGAAGAUAGAGCAGAGUGCAAUACUGAGGACAGAAGAGAAGAUUUUGGGGAAACAGUGACCCAGCAAUCUGUUGAAAUCAGCAAACGGGAAAGUGUUGAAAUUGAAAAUGAAGGAAGAAGGGAAAAACAGUGUGGAGAAGGAGAUGAAGGUGAAUCAGACACUUCUCCAAUAUACGAUGGGCUUAUGUUUUGUGCAAGCAGAAAUACUGAUAGAAUUCACCUCUACUCAAAGGAUGGUGAACCACUGAAUCAUAAUUUCAUCCCAUUGGACAUACAGCUGGAUAACUGGGAGGAUCUACCAGACACUUUCCAGCAUAAACGGAAUCGUUCACUGAUACUGAGGUUUGUGAAAGAAUGGACUCGCCUAACGGCCAUGAAGCAGAAGACUGUCAGGAAAAGCGGUCAGGUAUUUUGUAGUCCUAUUCAUGCUGCAGAGGAGUUGUCUAAAAAGCAGUCAGUGGUCAGCAGCACAAAAAGGUACGUGACCAAGGAGGAUGUAGCAGCAGCCUCGCUCAGGAAAGCCGGCAGCAGCGGGGGCAGCGUUCGCCUCGUCUCCAAAGGAAGUGGGCUUGGUCUGAAGAAUGAAAAUGCUUCCAUAGAGCAACCGGGUCAUUCCACAAAGUAA